GUCAUCUUCCAACUUUUUUCUAAAACGAAGCUCAAUUCGUAUAUGCCAGUGCAAUGCAGUGCAAUAUGAAUCAUUGGAAAUGUACCACAUUUCUGCACACACCGCAAGUAAGCGCCUACCAAAACGUGUUCAUUUCAUAACGCCAAUGACACAUCCAAGUUCAAAGUGCGGACAAGCGAAUCCAAAAAAGCGACCCCUCAGUCUAAUGGAAACCAUUUCUGAGAUAACUAGUCAGACAAUACAGUGUGUCAAGUGGAGAAAUUAGAGCAAUAAUGGUUAUUCGAUUAACUAUUGUAACCGCGUUAUUGUGCGUGACUCUCAAUCCUGAGCCAUGUGGUGGCGCUAUUAUAAACUUGUUCAUAGACGCUCAGAAACAUGUGAUCGCCCGUGAAGAAGCACUCCUCAAACAGGCGCAAGAAGCAGUCAAGGACAGGAUCGACCAGGCAUUCGAUACGGCCCACGAUGCUCUGAUGAAUGUGGCCGAACAGGUGCAUUAUUACGCAACCUAUCCGUUCCGGGCUGGCAAUGAAAUGAUAAUGAGUGCCCUUGGAAACGCCACAUCGUCAUUGGCCGGAUACUUGCCGUCAUUUAGAACUCAACCGGACGAACCCGCGCCCCCGGAAACAGUGGACGAAGCAACUUUUAUCAAUAGGGUCCAGCGGAUGCGGGAACAAAUCUCCCGCCUGUCCGGGUUGAAGGUCGUGGUGCACACCGUAUCGGAAGAUGCUGCAAAUGGACCGCUACUGGAGAUCGGUUUCGGUAACACAGAGAGAAGUGUGAACGGUACUGGAAAUGGAAAUAAGUCAUCGGAAGUAUCGUCGGAUAAACCGCUUUUAGAGAUUGGAUUCGGCGACGAAGAGGAGAACGAAAGUGGCAGUUCCAUAGGUAACGAAGAAACGGAAACCACUUCGUAUGAACCAUUACCAGAGAUAGAACUGGAUAACACAGAGGAUAAUGAAAUUGAAGGAGGAAGUGGCAAUGAAUCAUUAUUUGUGUAGAUUUUAUUUU